AUCGCUAUCGAAGAUGUAAAAUAGUGAAAUUCCCAAGACAAGGAAAAAACUUGAAAUUUUUCAUAGUCCCCUCCCUCAACCCCGAUCUGAUGGAGUGAAGUUGGGUCCUUUAUGAGCUCUUCAUCAAUCAGAUAAUCGCGGAUCGAAGUAGCAGCUUCUUCUUUAACUGUUUCUCGUUUCUUCGUUACAAAAUUAAACCCAAACCUCUCUAAGGUAAAAUCAUCUCCUACAGUGUUCCAUACAGGUACAGAGAUAUAGGUAGUAAAUCUGAUGUGGAGGUUAAUUUGUAUUAGGUCGUUGUUCUAAUGGAAGUUCCUAAAUCCCCUUCCAAAGAUAAACGAUUCGCCACCAAACAUAAAUUGUUGUUUAAAAUCGGUGCAGUCAUUUUCAUCCUUAUUCUCUUGUUUCUGGGUUUUUAUCUCGAGUCUUAUAGCUGGAAAUCCAAUGCGUCGUCGUAUUACACUGUUGUUAUAGACUGUGGAAGUACAGGGACACGGGUUAAUGUAUAUGAAUGGAUGUUAGGGAGUGUCGUAGGUAAUAGAAAUUUGCCAAUUUUGCUACAUUCAUUUCCUGAUAGUAAUGCAACAAAUGGGAAUAGUUCACUUUGGAAAACCUCUUGUCAAUAUCAUUGUAUGCAAACUGAACCCGGGUUAGAUAAAUUGGUUAAUGAUUCUUUAGGAGUGAAACAAGCUUUGGAGCCUUUGAUUGCUUGGGCGGAAAGUUUAGUUCCCCGAGAAAUGCACGGUGAUACGCCUAUUUUUGUUCUUGCUACUGCUGGACUGAGGAGGCUUCAGAGGGAGGAUGCAUUUCGGGUUUUGGAGGAUGUCGAGGCUGUUGUGAAAGAUCACUCGUUUAUGUUUGACAAGAGCUGGAUUAGGGUCUUGAGUGGGAGGGAGGAGGCUUAUUAUGGUUGGGUUGCUUUGAAUUACAAAAUGGGUAGCUUUGAUGAUGGGCCUUCUACUUUGGGACUUGUUGAUUUGGGUGGCUCGUCGUUACAGAUUGUAGUGGAGAUUGAUCGUGAUACCGGGGAUGAUGUGAACGCGAUGAGAUCGGAGUUCGGAUCAACUGAACAUAGGAUUGUGGCGUACUCGUUGCCUGCAUUUGGGUUGAAUGAAGCAUUUGAUAGGACCGUUGUUAUGCUUAGAAAUAAUCAGAGUGUAGAAAGAACCAGAGGUAUAUCUGAACUCAGACAUCCUUGUCUGAUGUCUACUUUUGUACAAAACUAUACCUGCUCUUAUUGCUCGGGACUUGAUGACACUGACCGAAAAAAUCAUAGCCAACCUCAGAAAACUGUAAGUCUUACUGGAGAACCUGAUUGGGAACAAUGCAGAGAAGUAGCUAUUGCUGCUGCUAUGAACUUGAGCGAUUCCCAAGUGUCACAUCAGGCAGUUGGUUCAAAUUGCCAAGGAAGUUUGUUUUCUGGUAUUGGCACUGGUGCACUUAAUUUAACAGCUGUUGCUCACCCAAUGAAGCGAUUUCAUGCUUUAUCUGGUUUCUUUUUUGUCUACAAUAAGCUAAAUUUGAACCCAAGAGCCAAUUUAACAAUGAUUUGGGAGUCAGGCAAGCAAAUAUGUACAAAUUUAUGGGCUGGCUUGAGCAGUAUAUCUGACAAUCCAAAUUAUGCCGGACAAUUUUGUUUCCGGGUGGCUUAUAUGGCGUCAUUGAUCGAGUAUGGCCUAUGCCUCGGUGAUGUAGAAAUGGAGUUUGGUCCAGGUGAUGUUUCUUGGACAUUAGGAGCCGCAUUGGUUGAAGGGAAAUUUCAAUGGUUAAAUAUUGCAAGCAACAAAUCCCAAACUAUAAUUUCGACUUUAAAGAAUGUGAAGGUCAUGUCUUCUUCAACUUGUCUUUUUGCUGUCCUUUUGUUGCUUUUAUUGAUUGUUUAUUGUACUCAAAUUAAGCUACCUAUGCCAAGCAGAAGGGCUUCUGCUCCCGGCUCGUCUUUGCCAUCCCAUACUCAUACAAGACAUCGAGCUAACUAAUAUUUGAGUACUCUCUUAUCUUUCCA